UAUCUAUCUUUAAUAAAUUAAGCAGCUUUAUCGAAACAGUGUCGUUUUGGUAGACCCAAGCAGAUCCUUCCCACCGUCCCAAAAAAAAAAAAAAAAACGAUUCCCGUGAAAGAAAUGGCAAAAGCGCGGUCACAUAAAAAGCGGUUAGAAAACUUUCAAAAUCACCAAGACAGAUAAGAUUCACCGCUGGCUCCCCCAAUCUAACCACGGUUAAACUAACCGCGGUUAAACUCCCAUCUCUUCAGGACUAUAAAUUGGCCAAGGGACAAACAUAACAGGCUCACCUUGUGUUUUGAACUUUAAGGCUUCGCAGGCGUCUUAAUAAACGCCGUGCAUUUCUUUUUUCUUCUUUCUUCAAUCUGUUUUCUUUGUUUAGCUCCUUUUUUUUUGAAUUUCUUUUUUCUUUCUUUGAUCGAAAAUGAGAGAGUGCAUCUCAAUCCACAUUGGUCAGGCCGGUAUUCAGGUCGGAAAUGCGUGCUGGGAGCUUUAUUGCCUUGAGCAUGGCAUUCAGCCUGAUGGCCAGAUGCCUAGUGAUAAGACUGUUGGUGGAGGUGAUGAUGCUUUCAACACCUUCUUUAGCGAGACUGGUGCCGGGAAGCAUGUUCCCCGUGCAGUUUUUGUAGAUUUGGAGCCCACUGUCAUUGAUGAAGUUAGGACUGGGACAUACCGCCAACUCUUCCACCCUGAACAGCUCAUCAGUGGCAAGGAAGAUGCGGCUAACAAUUUUGCUCGUGGCCACUAUACCAUUGGGAAAGAGAUUGUUGAUCUUUGCUUGGAUCGCAUCAGAAAACUUGCUGACAAUUGCACUGGACUCCAAGGGUUCCUUGUUUUCAAUGCUGUUGGUGGAGGCACUGGUUCAGGUCUUGGAUCCCUUUUGCUUGAGCGUCUGUCUGUAGACUAUGGCAAGAAGUCAAAGCUUGGGUUCACUGUCUAUCCCUCUCCGCAGGUCUCAACCUCUGUUGUUGAGCCAUACAACAGUGUGCUCUCUACCCACUCCCUUCUGGAACACACCGAUGUUGCUGUUCUUCUUGAUAAUGAGGCUAUCUAUGACAUAUGCAGGCGCUCUCUUGACAUUGAGCGCCCCACCUACACCAACCUUAACCGCUUGGUUUCUCAGGUGAUAUCAUCUCUGACUGCUUCUCUGAGGUUUGAUGGUGCCUUGAAUGUGGAUGUGACUGAGUUCCAAACCAACCUGGUCCCAUACCCCAGGAUCCACUUCAUGCUUUCAUCUUAUGCUCCUGUUAUCUCAGCUGAGAAGGCCUACCAUGAGCAGCUCUCUGUUGCAGAGAUUACUAACAGUGCAUUCGAGCCUUCUUCCAUGAUGGCCAAGUGUGAUCCCCGCCAUGGAAAAUACAUGGCUUGCUGUCUGAUGUACCGAGGUGAUGUGGUGCCUAAGGAUGUCAAUGCAGCUGUGGCAACCAUCAAGACCAAGCGCACUAUCCAGUUUGUUGACUGGUGUCCCACCGGAUUCAAGUGUGGAAUCAACUACCAGCCACCAACUGUUGUCCCAGGUGGUGAUCUUGCCAAGGUUCAAAGGGCAGUCUGCAUGAUCUCCAACUCCACCAGUGUUGCUGAAGUGUUUUCAAGGAUUGACCACAAAUUCGAUCUCAUGUAUGCUAAGAGAGCUUUUGUUCACUGGUACGUUGGUGAGGGCAUGGAGGAAGGUGAAUUCUCUGAGGCUCGUGAAGAUCUGGCUGCUCUGGAGAAAGAUUAUGAGGAGGUCGGUGCUGAGGCGACCGAGGGUGAAGAUGGUGAUGAAGGAGAUGAAUACUAAGAGGACGAUAUCUUCCUGUUGAUUUUAUUUGUGUCCUGUGAUAUUUCUGUCUUUUUCUUCCUUAGUUGUAUACUAUUUGGCUUUUGUGUGGAUCCAGCAUGGAUUUAGACAUUAGUAUUCUAUAAUCCUGUACUAGACUUCUCAAUGGUAUGAAUGGUGGCUUUCUUAUAA